CUCUGCUUCCCCAAUUAACUGUACCAUCUCUCUCUCUCUCUCUCUCUCUCUCUCUCUCCCGUUGGGGUUCCUUGAACCCUACGAAACAGAGAUGAGCAGUAACGAGUUUCGGUUCUUCUUGUCGUGCGACAUCAACCUUCCGGUCACCUUUCGCGUCGAGCGGCUCGACGGAAACUUGCCCGCGCCUAAGCCCCCUAAUUCAGCGGAAGCUGAUUUUGCUACGGAGGAGAGAAGGCCGGAGCUAUUCGUUGAGUGUGCUUUGUACAUUGAUGGUGCUCCUUUUGGGCUUCCCACCAGAACAAGGUUAGAGUCAACAGGUCCAACUUAUUGCUGGAAUGAACUCAUUACAUUGAGUACAAAGUAUCGAGACUUAACCGCCAACUCACAACUUGCAUUAACUGUUUGGGAUGUUUCAUGUGGAAAAACUGAGGGGUUGAUUGGUGGGGCUACCAUUAGUCUUUUUAACACCAAAAAGCAACUCAAAACAGGGAGGCAUAAGUUCAGGCUUUGGGCUGGAAAGGAGGCCGACGGAUCUAUUCAGACGACUACUCCUGGAAAGGUUCCUAAGGAGGAAUGUGGGGAGUUAGAGCGUUUGGAAAAGCUUGUAAAUAAGUAUGAAAGGGGACAGAUUCAACGAGUUGAUUGGUUGGACCGUCUUGCAUUUAAAGCCAUGGACAAAAUAAAGGAACGUGAAAGUGGCAGAAAUGGAAGUUCUUUGUAUGUUGUGGUUGAGUUUUGCAGCUUUGAACAUCGAGUUGUUUUCCAGGAGUCGGGAGCAAAUUUCCUCAUACCAUCUCCUAUAACUACCAGCAAUGAAUUGGUUACGGUGUGGGAUCCAGAGGUGGGCAAGAUAAAUCCCUCUGAGCACAAGCAACUAAAACUUGCCAGGAGUUUAACCCGAGGCAUCAUUGACAGGGAUCUUAAACCAAGCUCCAGUGAAAGGAAGUCGAUACAGAGAAUUUUGAAGUACCCCCCAACAAGGAUUUUAAGUGGUGAUGAAAGGCAGCUCUUGUGGAAAUUUCGAUUUUCAUUGAUGUCAGAGAAGAGAGCUCUCACAAAAUUUCUCCGAUGUGUCGAAUGGAGUGAUGUUCAGGAAGCAAAGCAGGCAGUAGAAUUGAUGGGAAGGUGGCAAGCAAUUGAUGUAUGUGAUGCACUGGAGCUCUUAUCUCCUGUUUUCGAGAGUGAAGAGGUUCGUGCCUACGCUGUCAGUGUUCUGGAAAGAGCUGAUGAUGAAGAGCUUCAAUGUUACCUACUUCAACUAGUUCAAGCUCUUCGUUUCGAGCGCUCUGAUAAAUCUCGCCUUUCUCAUUUCCUUGUCCAACGCUCAUUACGCAAUAUCGAGUUGGCUAGCUUUCUCCGGUGGUAUGUUGCGGUUGAAUUCCAUGAUCCUGCAUAUGCAAAACGCUUCUAUUGUACCUAUGAGAUUCUGGAGGAGAACAUGAUGAAGUUGGGAGCUGGUGUGAGUGGAGAUGAAGACGGAUUCAAGCUAUGGCAGAGUUUGGUCCGCCAGACAGAACUGAUUGCACAGUUAUGUUCUAUAAUGAGAGAUGUGAGAAAUGUACGGGGUGGGACCCAAAAGAAGAUUGAAAAGCUUAGGCAGCUUCUUUCUGGUCUUCUUAGCGAGCUGACUUACUUUGAAGAGCCAAUAAGAUCACCUUUGGCACCAGGUGUCCUCAUCACUGGGAUUGUUCCGUCUGAAUCUUCAAUUUUUAAAAGUGCAUUACAUCCUUUGCGCCUGACUUUUCGGACAGCACAUGGUGGAAGUUGCAAAAUCAUGUUCAAGAAAGGAGAUGAUCUUCGGCAAGACCAGUUGGUUAUUCAAAUGGUACUGCUUAUGGAUCGCUUGCUUAAAUUAGAGAAUCUUGAUCUACACUUGACUCCAUAUCGGGUGCUAGCAACUGGACAUGAUGAAGGCAUGUUGGAAUUCAUACCAUCCAGUUCUUUAGCACAGAUUCUCUCAGAGCACCGAAGUAUUAUAAGCUAUCUGCAGAAGUUUCACCCGGAUGAGAAUGGACCAUUUGGAAUUACAGCUACCUGUCUUGAGACAUUUAUCAAAAGCUGUGCGGGCUAUUCAGUUAUCACAUACAUAUUGGGCAUUGGGGACAGGCACCUGGAUAAUCUUCUCCUUAAGACUGAUGGUCGCCUUUUCCAUGUUGAUUUUGGUUUUAUUCUGGGUCGAGAUCCAAAGCCAUUUCCACCACCAAUGAAGCUUUGCAAAGAAAUGGUUGAGGCUAUGGGUGGAGCAGAAAGCCAAUACUAUACCAGGUUCAAGUCCUAUUGUUGUGAGGCUUAUAACAUUCUCCGAAAGUCCAGUAACUUAAUAUUGAAUCUCUUCCAUCUAAUGGCGGGUUCCAACAUUGCUGACAUAGCUUCUGAUCCUGAAAAAGGCAUCCUUAAGCUCCAAGAGAAGUUUAGGUUGGACUUGGACGACGAGGAGUGCAUACAUUUUUUCCAAGAUCUUAUCAAUGAGAGUGUCAGUGCUUUGUUCCCCCAAAUGGUUGAGACCAUUCAUAGAUGGGCCCAGUACUGGCGCUGAACCCACAAAUCAGUUAUUCAUGUCCAUAUCAUACUCUCGAGAAGAUUGCGAGGAUCGAAGGCACCUCGGAAAUAAACAAAGCUGUGUAUAUUUGUACAUUUAUUUGUCCCCUUUCAGAAUGUACAGCUGUAUUUGUAGAAAUUUCUCACAGAUUAGGAUGUAUAAAAUUAUUUUAUGUAUUGAUAGUUUCAUUGUUCUA